AUGGCCCACUUCGAGACGCAGUACCAGCGCCUGGAGAGUUCCUCUACCGAAUCACCUCCCGGUGGCGGCGACCUGCUUGUCCACGUCCCGGAGGGCGCCAAGUCUCCAUGGCAUCACAUUGAGAACCUGGACCUCUUCUUCUCUCGCGUCUAUAACCUGCAUCAGAAAAAUGGCUUCACCUGCAUGCUCAUUGGAGAGAUCUUUGAGCUCAUGCAGUUCAUCUUCGUAGUGGCGUUCACCACUUUUCUUAUCAGCUGCGUUGAUUAUGACAUCCUCUUUGCCAACAAAGCAGUAAAUCAUAGCCAGCAUCCCAGUGAGCCCAUUAAGGUGACUCUGCCAGAUGCCUUCUUGCCUCCAAAUGUCUGCAGUGCAAGAAUCCAGGCAAACAGCUUCCUCAUCUGCAUCCUGGUGAUAGCUGGGGUUUUCUGGGUCCAUCGACUUGUCAAAUUUAUCUACAACAUUUGCUGCUACUGGGAGAUUCACUCUUUCUACAUCAAUGCCCUCAAAAUCCCUAUGUCCACCCUGCCUUACUACACCUGGCAGGAGGUGCAGGCCCGCAUCGUGCAGAUCCAGAAGGAGCACCAGAUCUGCAUUCACAAGAAGGAGCUGACGGAGCUUGACAUCUACCACCGCAUUCUGCGUUUCAAGAACUACAUGGUGGCCAUGGUGAACAAGUCACUGCUGCCCAUCCGCUUCCGCCUGCCCCUGCUGGGAGACACCGUCUUCUACACACGUGGGCUCAAGUAUAACUUUGAGCUUAUCUUCUUCUGGGGGCCUGGCUCCCUCUUUGAAAACGAGUGGAGCCUGAAGGCUGAGUACAAACGGGCUGGGAACCGCCUAGAGCUGGCUGAGAAGCUCAGCACUCGCAUCCUCUGGAUUGGCAUUGCUAACUUCCUCCUCUGCCCCCUCAUCCUCAUCUGGCAGAUCCUCUAUGCCUUCUUCAGCUACACAGAGAUCCUGAAGCGAGAGCCAGGCAGCCUGGGUGCCCGCUGCUGGUCUCUCUAUGGACGCUGUUACCUCCGUCACUUCAACGAGCUGGACCAUGAACUGCACUCACGCCUCAGCAAGGGGUACAAGCCAGCUUCCAAGUACAUGAACUGCUUUAUCUCCCCACUCCUCACCAUUGUGGCCAAGAAUGUGGCCUUCUUUGCUGGCUCCAUCCUGGCUGUGCUCAUCGCUCUCACCAUCUAUGAUGAGGACGUGCUGGCCGUCGAGCAUGUCCUGACCACGGUCACCCUGCUCGGGGUGGGCAUCACUGUGUGCAGGUCUUUCAUCCCUGACCAGCACCUGGUGUUUUGCCCAGAGCAGCUGCUGCGAGUCAUCCUAGCACAUAUCCACUACAUGCCUGACCACUGGCAGGGCAAUGCCCACCGCUAUGAGACCAGGGACGAGUUUGCCCAGCUCUUCCAGUACAAAGCGGUCUUCAUCCUAGAGGAGCUGCUGAGUCCCAUCAUUACCCCCCUGAUCCUCAUUGUCUUCUUGCGGCCCAAGUCCCUGGACAUCGUUGACUUCUUCCGCAACUUCACUGUGGAGGUGGUGGGAGUGGGCGACACCUGCUCCUUUGCCCAGAUGGAUGUGCGCCAGCAUGGCCACCCAGCGUGGAUGUCAGCCGGGAAGACAGAGGCCUCCAUUUACCAGCAAGCUGAAGACGGCAAGACAGAGCUGUCCCUCAUGCACUUUGCCAUCACCAACCCCAAGUGGCAGCCACCCCGUGAGAGCACGGCCUUCAUCGGCUUCCUGAAGGAGCGGGUGCACCGCGACAGCAGCAUCGCCCUGGCUCAGCAGGCUGUGCUUCCUGAGAACACCCUCUUCAGCUCCAUCCAGUCCCUGCAGUCGGAGUCAGAGCCUCACAGCUUAAUUGCCAAUGUGAUAGUGGGCUCCUCGGCGCUGGGCUUCCACGUGGGCCGGGAUGGACAGGCGUCCCGCCAUCUCUCCGAAGUGGCCUCAGCCCUGCGUUCCUUCUCCCCACUUCAGUCUGCCCAGCAGCCUCCCAGUGGCUUCCAGACAUCAGGGAGGGAUGGAGAGGGAGCCCAGCCUCGGGGUGCCAGUACCAUGACAGCCUCUGGUGCUGAUGCGAGGACUGUGAGCUCGGGGAGCAGCGCCUGGGAGGGUCAGCUGCAGAGCAUGAUCCUGUCGGAGUACGCCUCCACUGAGAUGAGUCUCCAUGCACUCUACAUGCAUGAGUUGCACAAGCAGCAUGCCCAGCUGGAGCCUGAGCGGCACACCUGGCACCGGCGAGAGAGCGACGAGAGUGGGGAGAGCACCCAUGAGGAGCUGGAUGCCCCACGAGGUGCCUCCAUCCCCAUCCCUCGCUCUGCCAGCUAUCCUUUCUCCUCGCCACGGCAGACUGCUGAGGAGACAGCCACCCUGCAGACCGGCUUCCAGCGGCGAUACGGUGGCAUCACAGACCCAGGUACAGUACACAGAGCCCCAUCACACUUCUCCCGCCUCCCGCUGGGUGGCUGGGCUGAGGAUGGGCAGUCAGCAAGACACCCAGAGCCCGUGCCAGAGGAGAGCUCAGAGGAUGAGCUUCCACCACAGGUCCACAAGGUAUAGCCUUGUAGACUGGGGAUCUCAUGGGGGUUGCAGACUGGGAGCCACCUGGGCAGCAGGAUGUGGCAUCAGCCUGAUUCUUCUCCAGUCCUAAGUGGGCAGGAUAGUCCCAGGCUCCAUUUUGUUGCCAUCAGUUGCUGAAGAGACAAAACUGCCAGGCUGGUGGCUUUGCGGUGGCACCUUCUAUCCAGCCGUGUGUCAAGUCAAUGCCACUCUGACUCUUGUGGGGUGAAUGCGUGUGUGAGUACAUACAUGUGUCUGUGUUCACAUCUGUCGUCUGUGUUGGAGGAUCUUUGCAGAGCCUGCAAAAGCUGAUGUGACCAGAACUAGCAGUGGGGAGCCAUGGACAGGCUUGGAGGGGGCAGCAGCAGAUGGUUGAAGGGACGUGAGAUGGCACCAGCUCCAGAUGUCUGUUCAGAGCUGGGACCUGCUUCCAAACUGAAAGCAGGACCUGUUGAAGGAGGUCUAGCUCAGCCUGUAGCAGUACACCUGCCCUGCCUGCAGCCCCAAGGAGGUGCCUGGGACCAUAUUUGCCCUCCUGGAGAGGACCAGUGUGCCCCUCAGCCCAGAGCAGGACAGCAGUGGGGUGGUCGCUUGCCCCUCUGCCCAGGCCCCACAGAAUGAUGGCCCCCCAGCUACAGCUGGUGUGGGUAAGGAUAGGAUCUUGAGCUGGUGGGAAGAUCUCUAGCUUGGAUCUGGGGACGCUGCUGCUCUUCUCCAACUCUCACAACAGCAGGGCCCAUCCCCUACACAUAUAUGAGGGAAGGUCCUUGGGCUGAAAGUCCUGGGUCCCUGAUGUCCUUCUCAGCUGGCAGCCUUUGUUCUGCUCCUCCAGGCAUUAUCCUCCCUGCUGGUGGCAUACGGGCUGUGAGCAGGUCCUUCUGCAGUGCCAAAGAGACAGCGCAGGGCAGCCCGCCAGGAGUGCUCACAAGCCCCGUCGGAGCCCAGCCUGAAGAACUCAUGUUCUCUGUAUCAGUUCUUUUCUCACUGGCAUGUUAGAGGCUUUUUCCUAUGCCCAGGCCCGUCAGGUCUGUCCUGAUGCAGCCAUUUCUGUGGUAUCAGGCCUUUCCUCGUCCCCAGGCAAAGGCUUUGGUGUGUCUUGCAUCUCAUCCAGGGACUCCCCAGCUCCUCCUUCCAUCCUGAAACCUUGCAACAUUGCUUUGGCUGCUCUGGAGACCUUGUGCUAAGCAGCUGUCUUAGGCCAAUCAGGGCAAGGAGGGCCACCUUGAACCCCAAAGGGAGAGGCAUACCCCAAUCCAGGCAUGGUUAUUGGUGUGGGGGGGAUCAGGAUCCCAGCUGUGUACCAUAGCCUCCCACGAUUGUUCUGAUUUCCCUCUUUUCUGGUGGAUUUGCAUAGCAGAAAACUCCUGCCAGGCUUUGCUUUCCACUCUCCCUGUUGCCUCUAGCAGGGGCUGCUCACUUUUGCCAUGCCCUCUGUGAGCACUGCACACCCUCCAUUAAUGUUCCUGCAGCCCAAGGCUGCCUCUCUUCCUCUGACAGGGUUUUUGCCCCCUGCACUUUGAAUCUGGCCUGGAUGUGUGCUGCCAAGCCACCUGCUUCCAGGGGUACAGGAACCUCAGCUGAAACCAGGACACCAGGGCAUGAGCAGACCUGGGGUGCCCAUGUGGGGGCAGGAUCUAUUGGUGUGGUGGCCUCCAUUCUUUGAUAGGGAGGGAUGGACCAAAGCUACAGCUGCUCUGGAGUCUGAGAGAGACUAAGUGGAACAUGCUGAAGCAGAGCUCAGCUCCUUGCUACUGCGGCCAGCACUGAGUCAGGCACAGGGUCCGUGGAUCUGGGUACUGGUGGGGUUCUCCCACAGAGGACCAGCUGCAACAGCCUUGCUCCAGCUCAGGCUUUGGGCCUGCAUGGCUGGGUGAAAAAAACUGAAAGCAAACCUCCUGGGAUCUCAAGCUUUCCAGGGGCUUCCCGAGUCACCCUGGCUGAUGCUGUGGGUGGAGGUGAACUUCCCUGGGCUGCAGAACACUGCAGCUGGGCUUCCCAGCUGAGUUCUUGCUGGUGUCUAAGCUGAGAGCUGGCAGGAGGGAGAGGCUUGGCAGGAGCGGGCCAGAGUCCUUGCUGCAUGUUGUGCUUGUGUUGUCGGUGUCCCAUGUGCAUGGCAGGCCGCUGCUCUGCAUCUCCUCCCGGGCGUGUGGGUGCAGGAAUCCCUGGGGAGCGUGGUAUCGCCCCCACCGUGCCCUCGCUGUACAGCUGUCAAAUAAAGA